AACUCAUCACCAUCGCCGGGUCUCUUUCGUCAAGCUUCUCACUCAGAAUUCGAAAUCUCUGGAAACAAAAACAAACGCGAGUCUUAGCAAUGAGUUACAGAAGGGAGCACCGUGCUGCCAAAGCCUCUCUCUUUGAUGGAUUUGAUGGACUUGAGGAAGGUGGUCUUAGGGUGUCCUCCUCAUACUCCCAUGAAACUAAUGAUCAUGACAAUGAGAGAGCUGUGGACAGUUUGCAAGACAGAGUUAUAUUUCUUAAGAGCUUAACAGGUGAUAUACAUGAUGAGGUGGAAAGUCAUAAUCGUCUACUUGACCGUAUGGGUAACGACAUGGAUUCAUCAAGGGGCGUGAUGUCAGGAACCAUGCAACGUUUCAAGAUGGUAUUUGAGAAGAAAUCAAGCCGGAGAAUGUGUACUCUUGUUGCAUGCUUUGUGGUUUUCUUUUUAAUUAUAUUUUAUCUAAUCAGGGUCCUCCGAUUUUUCAGGCUUGGUUAAAGUAUAAUUAUGAGAAUCCUUUCUACUCCUGAGAUGGUGGAUGUUGAGGAGGAAAAUCAUGCCCAUGAAGGUGUAUUAACCCUUUUUCUUGCGGCAAGAAACUGAAACAUGACUAAAUAGUGGUUUCUCAGCAGCUCUGCCACAAGAUAGUUGGUUGCCGGAGGUUAUAUGUUAGCUCGAAUGGCCAGAGGCUAAAUCCCAGGCUUGAGUCUAUCAAAGGUUAGAAUGAAUCGUGAAAGAACUUUUUGGCAUUAUUAUAUCUGUGUGCAUGUUGGCCUUAGUGUGGUAUGCUGCAUUUGGAUUCUGUAGGAGAGAUUCAGUUUACCAUUCGUGGAGAAAUUUCCCUCCACUAAAGUUAUUGGAGGUUAGGCAUCAACAUGUGUAAAAAGUGAUCAAACAAGAAAAAAGAAAAGUGAAAAAGGAAAUUGCAGAAAGUGAAUAUUGUGAGCUCGUUAAUUGGUUAAAUCUUUUAGUGUCAUACUAGUUUUGGUAUCAAAUUUUGCCUGCACUUGAGUUAUCUAAUUAAUAGAGAGUAGAAAUCUAACGGGCAGUUUACCAUGUGCAAAAAGUUCCAUAUAAUCGUGCAUGAAUUUGAUUGUUGUUGGAUGUGGAACGCUUUAUAAUGGACUCAUUGGUUUCUAUGGAAUUGAUUAUGGGUUCAACCGAAUCUAGGCCCAAAGCUUACUCUUAUUUGGUUUCAGGCCAGGUGGCUACUGAAUUAGGUUAUAUGUAGUUUUUAGAUGAAUGAUUUGGGUUAAAUAUUGUUAAAAGAGAAAUGUUACAUGUGUUUUCAAUCGUGCAGUAGUUGAAUUGUAAUAGAAUUCUAUUAAUUAGGAUAAUGUUAAUUAAAAUUAAGACUAGGAUUAAUUAGGAGUCCUUACCAAUUUAUUUGUCAUUUUAUUGUAUUCUAUUUAAAGAUGAUCAGCUUGUGAUCAAUAAAAAAAUCAAAAUAUUUGUAAAUUUGUGGAAUUUUCUCGACUUGGGUAGGUGUAAGGGAUAUAAUAUUAGGGGCUCUUUAACUGUAAUGGGCAAAUUAGGUUAGUGGGCCAAAGCCCUUGGGUGAGUAAGGCCCAAAUAGUUAGGCCUGAGUUUAGGGCUAACUCUAUAUAAGACUCAUACGCUACAAAAAAAAUAGAGGUUUAGUGAUGGUUUUUUGGUGAUGGUUUAAGGCUAAAAAUCGUGACUAUAAAAGUAGUGACGGUUCCAAAGGGUAGCUAAACAA